CGAGGUUCCAGAGCCUUCGCGUUGAGGACCAUGUUGCUUCCGAACAUUCUGCUCACGGGUACACCAGGGGUUGGGAAAACCACACUAGGCAAAGAACUUGCCGCAAGAUCGGGACUGAAAUACGUUAAUGUGGGUGAUUUAGCUCGAGAAGUCUGAUCACCGGAUAUCAUGGAGUCUGGCAAGAUGGCUUCUCCCAAGAGCAUGCCGAAAGAUGCACAGAUGAUGGCACAAAUCCUGAAGGAUAUGGGGAUUACAGAAUAUGAGCCAAGAGUUAUAAAUCAGAUGUUGGAGUUUGCCUUCCGAUAUGUGACCACAAUUCUAGAUGAUGCAAAAAUUUAUUCAAGCCAUGCUAAGAAAGCUACUGUUGAUGCAGAUGAUGUGCGAUUGGCAAUCCAGUGUCGUGCUGACCAGUCUUUUACCUCUCCUCCCCCAAGAGAUUUUUUAUUAGAUAUUGCAAGGCAAAGAAAUCAAACCCCAUUGCCAUUGAUCAAGCCAUAUUCAGGUCCUAGAUUGCCACCUGAUAGAUACUGCUUGACUGCUCCAAACUAUAGACUUAAAUCUUUACAAAAAAAGGCUUCUACUUCUGCGGGAAGAAUAACAGUUCCACGGUUAAGUGUUGGUUCAGUUACUAGUAGACCAAGUACUCCCACACUUGGUACACCAACCCCACAAACCAUGUCAGUUUCAACUAAAGUAGGGACUCCAAUGUCCCUCACAGGGCAAAGGUUUACAGUACAGAUGCCCACUUCACAGUCCCCAGCUGUAAAAGCAUCAAUUCCUGCAACUUCAUCAGUUCAGAAUGUUCUGAUUAAUCCAUCAUUAAUUGGGUCCAAAAACAUUCUUAUUACCACUAACAUGGUGUCAUCACAAAAUGCUGCCAAUGAAUCAGCAAAUGCAUUGAAAAGAAAACGUGAAGAUGAUGAUGAUGACGAUGAUGAUGAUGACGACUAUGAUAAUUUGUAAUUUAGCCUUGAUGCAUGUAACAUGUAUACUUGAUCUUGAAUCCACUGUACUGAGAUUAAACGUGCAUGCCAGAUGUUUUCAAGUUGUGUUUGAGAAAACUUAGUAUUUAAUGAGUAAAUAUAGUUAUCAUAGUUUUUCAUUGAGAUGUUGUACUUUCUUUAUUAGAAAUCGUAAUGGUUUUUCAUCAGCCUUUAAGAAAUAAAGUUGUCAUUCAUUAA